GAUGUCCAUCUCAUGGUGUUUCUCUCUUUUCAGGCACUGCUUCUGUUGCAGUCGCUGGCAUCUUUGCAGCCCUAAGGAUCACAAAGAACAAGCUCUCUGACCAUAAGUUUGUUUUCCAAGGAGCUGGAGAGGCUGCCAUGGGCAUAGCUCAUCUCAUCCUCAUGGCCAUGGAAAAGGAAGGAAUUUCACGAGAGGAUGCCAUCAAAAAAAUUUGGAUGGUGGACUCCAAGGGACUGAUUGUGAAGGGCAGGAGCAACCUGAACCAUGAGAAAGAAAUGUUUGCCCAGGACCACCCCAGUGUGAACACGCUGGAAGAGGUUGUGCAGCAAGUGAAGCCGACAGCAAUUAUAGGUGUUGCAGCCGUUGCAGGAGCUUUCACUGAGAAGAUUUUGAAGGCCAUGGCAGCCUUCAAUGAGAGACCCAUCGUGUUUGCCCUAAGCAACCCCACCAGUAAAGCGGAGUGCACAGCGGAGCAGUGCUACCGCCUCACCGAGGGCCGGGGAAUAUUUGCAAGUGGGAGUCCAUUCUCAAAGGUGACCCUGCCCAACGGACAGACCUUCUUCCCUGGCCAAGGAAACAAUGCUUACGUCUUCCCAGGAGUGGCACUGGGAGUCAUUGCCUGCGGAGUGCGGCACAUCUCUGAUGACAUCUUCCUCAUCACAGCAGAGUCUAUUGCUGCCGAGGUGACAGAGCAGAAUCUUGCAGAGGGAAGACUCUAUCCCCCCUUGGACAGCAUCAGAGAAGUGUCUCUCAAAAUCGCAGUGAAA